AUGAAACAGAACAAUUUUAACCUCUCUUAUGAACAAAUAUUGGCACGUCAAACACGAUUAAUUCAAGUGAAACGACAAGUACGAUCAUCAUCUGUUGAUUCAAAAAGAAAUGAACGCGUCUUAUCAUUCGAACAAGGUCAAAAUGUUACCUAUGAAGCAGCUAAUUUCUCUUACAUUCAAGAAAUAUUUGUCAAUGAUGGUAUUAAUAUAACAGUUGAACAAAUAAAAUCACAUACAUCGUGGUUAGUACGAAAUAUGGAUUUUACCAAUGAUAUGGAAAUACAAUCGAUAAAACGAACAGAAAUUGCUCGAUGGGAUAAUACUAAACAACAAUUUAUUCUUAAUCAAACAUCAAAUCAAACGUUUGUAUUUGAUUCAUACGAUCAACUUAUACUAAUAAAUUCAAAUGUCGAUGAUGUUUAUAAUGAAAUAAGUUUGAGAGUGCAGUCGGGAAUAACCGAUGGUGACGAUAUUUUACACAUAACAUACCGUUUAGUCAUGAUAUCAUCGAAGUCAACUAAAUGUCCUACAACCAUUACUAUGAAGCAAAAUGAACAACAAAAUAUAACAUGCAAAAUUGAAUAUAAUUACGUGAAAUAUGAUGGUGUCGGAAACAUGUCAUUGCCAAUAAAUUUCACAUUUUAUUCUAAAUAUAAUAAUAGUUAUACACAAAUAAACCAAAAUGACAUCAUAAUAGAAGAUUUUCAGACGAAUGCUGGCACGUCUGUAUGGUAUAGAAAAAUUAUAUAUUUACUACAGGCAGAUAAACAAUUACAGUUAGAAUAUGUCUGUGCAGUUAUACCCGAUACAAUAAGAAAUAAUGAUAAUUUUAAUGAAAAACAAAUAUUAAAUGAUCCAAAACGAAGUUGUAGAAUUCUCAUCAAUAUUAAAAAAAACGAGGAUACCACUAGCAUACCACCAUUGCCAUCGAAAUAUCCACCAGAAUUAACAAAAAAACCUGUAGAUGGCGAAACACUCAAAGGAGAAGAAGCAUUUAAACUUUUACCAAAUACUUCUAAAACAGACGAAAAUCUUCUAAAUAUACCACAAAUAGUGUCUUUAUCAACAAAGGAUGAACAGCCAAUGAUGAGACAAGAAACACCGAAACAAAAAGGAGAAUUUCAAUCUGUAUCAUCAUUCCCUCGAUGUCCUUCAUCUGCCUAUAUACCACCACAAUCGUCAACAAAACCAAUAUCAACCGCUAAAUCACUUAGGCAGCAACAGUCAAAUAAUGAGCGAAGGCAUAAACCAGGAUGUCCAAAGUACAUACCAGCAUCAGAAUAUAAUCUAAUAUCCGAUGAAGUAUUUACGCAAACUGGUCCAGAUACUAUACAAAAAAUCAUACUACCGGAUGUUGUUGACGAUGAUAAUAGAAGUUAUUCUGAGAACAAAAACACUAAUUAUAUUCGUCUCUACUUACCCGAUAGUAGCACCCAUAAGAUAAUUAAUAUUCGGCCAUUACAAGAUACUCCUUCGGACAGACGACAUGAAUCGUUCGUUAGUUUAGAAAGAUUAUCUCCACAAACCACUGAUAACAACUUAUCUGAAUUAAUCCAUUCUCCACAAGAUACUAGACGUCGAGAAGUGACAAGUGUAAACAAUUUAAACAAUCGACGUCAACGAGUACAACACCGCCGUCACAGAACAGAGGAUUCUCCAACUCCAAAGAUACGAGAUCUCUAUCAUCGACACUCUCGUUCUAGAGAAAAGCGAGCAUAUUCAGCACAAAGUAGCAAUAGAUUCAUUAAAGAUAAACAAAAACUUAAUAUGGAAGAAAAUGCACAGAAUCUGGUACAUAAGACUCGACAUUUGUAG